AUAGCAGCAUGAGGAUGUAAUACAAUUUGGACAACUGGAGUGAGGAUGGAGCAGUUGCUUUUGAGUGAUGUGUUGGAGUGUUCAGUAUGCUUGGAGCAACUUGAUUCCACUUCUCGUGUCCUCCCGUGCCAGCAUACAUUUUGCCGCCGAUGUCUCAAUGAUAUUGUCCAGACUCAUAAGACUGGUUGGCUAUGGUUCACCUCUACCUCCCAUUCAUCAACUUCAAGAUUCUUCACAAUGAAUAGUUUCCAGGAGCUAAGGUGCCCAGAAUGUCGUGUGCUAGUAGAGGUGCCAGUGGAUGAGUUACCACCAAAUAUUUUAUUGAUGAGAAUUUUAGAAAGUAUGAAAAAUGCUCCCCGGUCUGCAAUAAGCCAGUCCAUGAAGCCAUCUCAGACAAUACCUCAUCCUAGCCAGCCUCCAGGUAGACCUAAAAUAAAAGAUGGUCCACCCCUUACUCAAGCUCCACCUCCACCUUCACUACAUCGCUUCUCUUCCACGAUGUACAUAGGAUCCCCCUCCACCACUUCUGAAGUGACACUUCCCCCAGGGGAACAUUUAGCUGGGUUUGCUGGUGGAGGAAGUGGAGGCUCAUAUGGUAGAGGUUUAAUAAGCAGCAACAAUCUAGGAGGAAGUGCCAAUCAAGAUGGUUUGAAUGCAACAGUAUCUGCUGUCAACUCCCAAAGCAACAGUAACUUAAAUAUAUCUUCUUCAUCUGCUGUCCUUGUCUCUGUGGCUCAACAAAAACAGGGGCUGAGGAGGAGCUGCUCCUGCAACACACACAACGGUGAUGAGUUAUGUUUGUUACCUCCAGUCAUUUAAGCUAUGCAGAAAGAGCAUAAAAAAAAUAUAGACUGAAAUAAUGCUACAUUAUCUGCUUAUAAAAAAGUUAUGUUCUAUUGAGUGGAGAUGGCUGUAAAGGAAUAAAACACGGUAGUGGCAUCCUACAGUUCUGUUCUGUACCGAGAUUACGUAAGAAAUACAUGUUUGGUUUUCAUCUUCAUAUUUGAUAAGCUUGCUACACACUCAAUUUUUUGCUCAGACUUGUCUGCAUAAAAAAGCUUUCAUAAACAAACCUGAACUUUGUGUUUUCCCUCCACAGUAAAAAAAUGUCUUCACAAACAGCUCAGUUUGCUCAUAGAUUUCAGAAAAAGCAUGUUUAGGGCUGCUAUCUAUUUGUGCUCUGGUACGGUAAUCUUUACUUUUUAUUUUCCAUAAUGUUGGCUUGUUAUGUUAAAUUUUGAUAUGAAUUCAUUAGGAAAGUUGCAUAAAUUGCUGCUGCUGCCUUGCAGGGUUGCUCGUGUCCAAUGUAGACUAUACAGUAAUAACAUACAAUACUACUUAUCUGAAUAAAAACCUGGUAUGUC